AUGGCAACGGCUCAGAAGAUUCUCAUCAGCCCUCAGAACACCGGCUUGUUAGGGGUUAAGCAGACAGACGAAGCUGCUAAUAAAGCCAGCCAACUACUUCAAAAGGACUUGGAGUCAUUCCAUGUCUUCUUCAACCAGGACGGUUUUCACAACCAUCUAGUCCACCACAUCCUGACCCUCUACGGCACCGGGGCCGACCCAGCAGCCCUGCAGCAAGGCUUCGAUGGCAACACAGGCUACCAGCGGCCGGUUCAGCCCAACCAUGACCGCGUCAUUGAAGAUCUCCAGACGUGGUCGCACGCGAGCAAGUAUGUAGGCAAGGAGCAGUACUACCCAGACUUCCUCGCCUUCUUCCAGCGAGAAAUCGACAGCAAGGGCUGGGAGGCCGUGCUGGCCGAGUACCUCUUCACCGGCACAGAGGCAGCCGACGACCUGCUGGUGCGGCUCUAUGCCGGUGUACUCCACCCACUGAUCCAGCUCAUGUAUGGCAUGGAGUGGAAUCAACCGGCCAUCGUGGCCGAGGGUCUUGCACAGACAUGUGUGCACAAGGACAACUUCAAGGAUGAGUUGCUCGCUGCUGAGAGGAACGCCAACGACGAGUACGGCAAGACGGGCGCGAAGAUGCCGACCAUCGCCUCCCUGCUGAGGGAGGUGCGUGAGAACCAGAAGCUGGCCACGGCCGCGAGGUUCGAGGACGGAAAUAAGAUCCGCGACGGCGUCUUCGGGCGCGCGCGGGACGAGAUGGUUGCGAUUAUGAGCAAGGUCAAGGUACGCCCGGAGGAGAUCGAGGAGAAGACGGCCGAAAUGUUCAACACUGCGGUGUUCAUGGCCGCCGGGGCUACGUUCCACCCGCCAAAGAUCAACAAGUUUGACUUUUUCCUCAUGCAUCAUGCCAAUUCAUGCCCCAUUUUCCUGACCUUCAACGCUCAGCCGUGGUUAUCAGCUGAGAAUAAAGCCCGCUUGUUGGAAUGGAAGAUUCGAUACGACCUGUUCCAGUACGCGGCCAGGGGUGUCCCCAACCUGUCUCUGGAUGAGAUCAAGGCGUACCAGCCCAAGGCACCGACAAGCGCAUCCGGAGCCGAGGUCGCAUUGAAGAUCCACAGGAUGUCCGACGACGGGCACGCCAUCAAGCUGGCCAGGGCGGCCAGCAUCUGUGAGCAGAUCACGAAGAAAUACCAAGACAAAGAGUGGGUUUUGAUCAAGGGAGACGAUACGUGGAAGAGGGUUCACCACCUUAUCCUCGAUUCACUGCAAUCGCCUGGGGAGUACUGGGUGAGGAGCGCGGGCAUGGACGAGGCCUGGAAGAACUUUCCAAAUGUAAACAAGCUGUAA